GAUACACUGACAACGAUCAUUGGUUGGUUAAUUGAUGGCCAUAUUUUUCUACAACGUCAGGAACCCCAUCCAUCUUGCAUUCGCUUUCCUGAACGUUAUUCACGUCAUUUUACAUUGGUUUAACAAUAAGAGCACUGGGAACAUUCAUUAAAACGGAAUGGCAAUGUCGCACUUUGUCCUCGUGUGCAUAAUAUCCAUGAUCAUAGGAUCGCCUGGAAUAUUUGGUCAACAUGGGCGGCCAGGCGGCUCCUAUAUGCCAGGCGGAAGUGGGGGUGGAGGCGGCGGCGGAGGAGGCGGCGGCGGUGGUGGUGGUAGUAGUGGUUCUUUAGCGAUGUUUGGCACUGGAGGUGGAGACUCUUACAUGCAAGGUGGUGGGGGUCGAAGCGGAAGUUUUGGCGAUUCUUAUAUAACGUCAGGUGUCGGAGGGGGUGGUGGAGGAGGGAGUGGCGGCUAUAUAACUGGAGGACAGGGAGGAGGAGGCGGUGGAGGAGGCGGUGGUGGUUAUAUGCCUGGAGGACACGCAGGGGGAGGCGGUGGUGGAGGUGGUAGUUAUAUGCCUGGAGGACACGCAGGGGGAGGCGGUGGUGGAAUUGGUGGUGUUGGUUAUGUGCCUGGAGGACACGGAGGAGGAGGCGGUGGCGGCGGAGGAGGGGGUGUUGGUGGAUAUAUGCCUGGUGGGCAAGGAGGAGAAGGAGGCGGAGUAGGUGGUUAUAUGCCAGGAGGUCACGGAGGAGGAGGUGGAAGUGUGGGAGGCCAAGGAGGUAGAGGAAGAAGUGGAGGUGGAAGAAGGGGUGGUCAACUUCCCGGUAGAGAUGGUGUUCCCCAGGAAGGAUUUAUAGGAGCACAUGGUGGUCGGAGAGGUUUUCCUGUGCAUGGUGGAUACUGUGCCGGGGCUGAUUGCGCUGACGGAGGAUUGUCUGCUGGUGUUGGACAGGGUAUCGGAAUGGGAACUGAAAGGAUGAUGAUAGAAAGGUUAAGGGCAGGUACUAACGAAAAUAUCAGAGAUUAUGAAAUGAUGGCCGGUGGUCCUGCUGCCGGAGGAGGCGGCGGGGGUAUGCCCGGAAUAGGUGGACAUAUGGGUGGAGGUUUAGGCGGCGGAGGUAUGCCCGGAAUAGGUGGACAUAUGGGUGGAGGUAUGCCAGGUUUGGGCGGAGGUAUGCCGGGUUUAGGCAUCGGAGGUAUGGGAGGGCAUAUGGGCGUAGGCGGAAUUAUGGGUAGAGGAAUGCAUGGUGCAGGCGGACACACGGGGAGAGGGAUGCCCUUUUUGGGUGGACACAUGCCUGGAGGAAUACCUGGUUUGGGUGGUCACAUGGGUGGAAGAAUGCCUAGCAUGGGUGGACAUAUGGGUGGUAUGGGUGGAGGAAUUGGAAUGCCCGGAAUUUAUUGAGUUUCAUAGAUAACUUCAUUUCCUUUACGGUUAUGGUUUCAACUAUAUCAAAUAAUAAAUAAAUAGAUAAUUUUAUCAGCAUAAGUUAUUGACCAGCAUCUGUCGUCAUGAAAUCCAUUUUUGGACGACAAUAUUUUUAUCAUAGCUUGACAAAACACGAUGUAUAUACCUAAAUGUUUAAGUUUGUCAGUUUUGUUGUGAACCAGUCUUGUUAUUAAUGUUCUUGUCUAAAAAAGGCAAUAAGUUUAAAUUAUAUGAACAGCUGUUUGAAAAUUACGACAAUCUUGUAUGUGCAUAGUUUAUUGAUAUUUAUUGUACAAAUUUUACCUUUCAAAUGCCUGAACCCGAUUUGAAAAUAAAAGUUAUGUUUUUAGAAAA